AUGGCUUCGGCUUCACGCGUACCGCUGCUCGUCAAGAGCAAGGGCCGCAUUCCCUCUCGUAUAUCAAUUGCACCUCGUACUAAGCCAUUGAAUGGGCCCCGAACGAAGCGUGUUGUACCUUUGGACAGUGAAAAGACAAAGGAUAAUGAAGCAGAGAAGGAGAAGGUUCAAGAGGCUCAAAAGACUACACAAGAGUCUUUAAUCACAGCAGAGACAACUACUAAAACGUCGACCACAUCUGGGACUCCAGCGGUCAAAAUUACAGUUUUGAAGCCGACAAAUGUAGCCACAUCCGGGACAAUGGCUACACCUUUGUCUCAGUCGUCGGUAGUUGCCAAACCUCGUGUAAAUGACUCAAGUUCUGUGGCUACUUUUACUGCUGGAGCUUCGGCUGUGCAGCGACAAAGGACUGGCGAGAUUUCAGUCGGUGGUUCGUUGUCCAAGACACUGUCAAGUUUCAAGAAUGUCGGGGUACGACCGGUACCGACCGUACAAUCACCUGUUGUUCUGCCCGUGCAGCAACGUUCCGAAAGACUGGCGAAAAUCACAUCGACGGGACCAAUGUACCGAGCAAGUCCUGUGAUGCAGCCACGUGCUGGAAGUAUUGGGAGCUCACCGGCGAUGCAUCCGCGUGGAAUGAGUGUCGGUAGCUCUCCUGCAGUGGGACCACAGAAUCUGAUGAAGCAGCGACUACUGCGAACGUUAGACAUUAAGCCGCAUCAGUCACCUCGACGUUCAGCUAUGCAACUGCAGCAGCAAAAGUUGCGUAACGAAGAUGAACCGGCAUCACCGCUGAUGCUCGGGGGUAAGUCUUCAGGAGUAAUUCCUGAUGUCCAGCUCGAUACACAGCGGUCAAGAUGUGUAAAUACUACAAAGACAACUCACGCUUUGGCUGUACCUGCUAAGGCAAAGCGACCAGCGGCAUCAAAGCGUAGAAAGAGUAGUGAAACGACGUCAGUACGGAUCAAUGCCAAUGCUAGCACGCCUCAGCGGCAAUCGUUAAGGAGAAAAGCAAAGCGACCAACCUACCGUGAGAUGGAUGACAGUGGCAGCUCGAACAGUGAGCCAGACAAUAAUCGCGAUGAGGAUGUCAAUCCAUAUGAUCUUGACCUACCGGAGAACGAGAUACGUGUGUACGUGCCUGCGCGAGAGCGCGCAACAAUGUGGGCCAAAUCUCUUUUACGGACGGACUACGAGGGUAAGAAAGGAGAUGAAAAGAAGGGGGGCGGUACAUCACAGGCGAUAGUCAUGCGUGAAAGGAAAACUACGACACGCAGGAAGCAUAGCGAUCCGAAUGCAUCCUCAGUCUCAUCGAUUGUGACAGGCAUCGAUGGUGGUGUGAUGUCACGUAGCAAGAUGGAGGAACUGAUGAAGAAGGAGCCAUCCCAGAUGACCAUGGGCGAGUUGGCACUCACUGUACCCAAGGGCAGACGGAUUGAGCGGCAUGAGCGUGAAGAAGCAGCCUCGGACACACCGCUAAUGGCAGGUUCAUCUGGAGAAGGGUCCUCGAGCUUGCUAAAUAUGAAUGCGUUCAACCGCGUGCGUUCACUGUCAGUGUCGUCUGAAUCUGCAGCUUUCGCAGGUUCACUGGUGACGCCGCAGGUUCAGAUUAUCGAUGGCCAAAUGGUUGUGCUGGAGAAUACGAUCAAGUUAGCUGACGAGCUGCAGCGCACGACAGAUGCACUUGACGAAGGCAAUAUUGACGCAGAAAACACGGGAUUACCACCUCGACACUCGGGCUCACGCUACAACUCAUCGCGUCCGAACUGUCCGGGUAAGCGCUGGGGGAAGGAGGAGACGAAGCAGUUUUACUAUUGCCUGAGUCAGGUUGGUCCAAACUUUUCGAUGAUGGCGACAUUAUUCCCGACCCGAAAACGAAAAGAGCUGAAGAGCAAGUUCAAAUAUGAAGAGAAGAACCACGCAAACCUGAUUGAGAUCGCGUUGCGUGCCUCAACAACUCCUCUUGAUUCCGAGAUGGUGGACGUUAUUUCUCAGAUGGUUGACAAAGAGGAUCAGCGAAAACUUGAUGCUCAGAAGAAGAAGCGAAAGUCGAGAUCGGAGCAAGAUCGACUUUGCGGCGAACAGGACGACGACGCAGCAUCGGUGUUGAGCUCUAUGGCUUCGACGCCAAUGUCGACGCCACAGGUACAUACGGAAGACUUUGUGGAGACACUCAACGAUGAAGACCUCUUCCCGCCAAGUAGAAGUGGCUCGUUCGACUUUAGUGGUUAA